AUGUCAGCUCAUGGUAUUUGCACAAGUGCAUCGAGCAAUCUGAGGAUGCUCCUUGCCGUACCCUUCAUAAACAAAAUCUGCGAAAAGAAAAAGAAAGUCAAAGACAAUUCCAGGGGGACAUCUUGCGAACAUGUAACGAGUUCAUGGAUCAUGUCACAUAGCCCAGAGUACCCUGGCUGUGUGAUACAAAUCCGCAAUUUCUCAUCACAGCAUUCUGUAGCCGUUGCUCCCUUUAAUCGUUGGAUAAAUGAGCUCGUUAGGGCUAGUAGCCCUGGAGCUUGGAGCGAUCGCUUGAGACGUUCGAAAGAUCUCCGUGAUUUCUGGUUCAUUCGCACCCAGUCAUCAGCGGUUGGAACGUUGCUAGAAGUUACUGAAGAGAACAUGGUCGUUCAAAACAAAGAAUACAAACCAGGCACCUAUGCUAGAUUAAGAUACCUCUGCGUAGUAAUUGAUCGUCAUGAUAUUUUCAGCUGCACAUUCCAAGCUUCUGAAGGUCAGAUGGGACGCCAUCAUACAUUUUGCUCUCUAGUCUUUGUGUCCACUGUCGGUCAGGUCAAUUCAGCAAUUCUCUCACUACAUUAUUACUUCUGUACUUUCCCAAUAUCGUCCACAGUGCUGGGAGCUGAGCAUCCCAACACUGUGACUAGCAUGGCGAACCUUGCCUUUACUUGGAAAUUUCAGGGGAAGCUACAGGAUGCCUUGAGUUUAAUGGAAAAAUCCUCUUACCUGCACAGCAAAGUAUUAGGGCUUAGUCGCCCGUAUUCCAGGUUAUCCUCUCGUGCUCUCAGUGACUGGAUGGAUAAGUAUAAUGCGUUAUCAAACCAGACGAUGCUCACCAGGAAAGAAUGUCCGCAAGCUCCGUGGGAAAUUUUAACAAGACCUCCGGCAGCUGUGGUAACCGUCCAGUCUGCUCGUGAAGAGAACAUCAAUCUUCCUUAUCCCAAAGACGAUCAGCUGCUAAAUUAUUCCUUAGAAACCAUCCUCUCAUCAUCGCUGCCAGAACACCCUCGCCCGCGCCCGAAGACCAAGACUUACAAGAUGUGGAAUAAUUUGACAACGCCACAUUCUUGCACCAUUCAGCUAGACAAAAGGCGAGUUAAGUUUAACUACAUUUCCGUAUGUACAAAACCAUGCCAAGCUUACCAAAUUAUUGGUACUUUUACGUCGCAUAAUGGGAGUGGCGCUGAGAAAGAGGCAAAGAAUUGUAAGCCAUGUAAAGCCGCACAUACAAGGCGCUGUAGCCACAAGCUUCUGCUCAAGGUCAAAGUUUUGGAGCACUUCUUGGAUCUCUUUUGCCAUAUUCUCGCCGGUACCCGCGGGAAACCUUGA